CGCCUUAUCACUUUGGAAUUUGUCCUUCUCGGCUACCAUAUGAUGUCGUGGCGUUUGCCUGUGUGUAGAUCCCAGACCUCAGAUUCUUUCUAAUAUUUUCAUUGUUUUAUUCUUGUAUUCACCAGAAUAUACUUGAGACGGUUUAGGCUUCCGUGAGUAAAGAUGAGACGCGCUGGUUUGGGUGAAGGAGGGUCCGGGAAUUAUGUGGCGAGUGGCUACAGUGUUUACGAAGAGGAAAAUGAGCAUUUACAGGAGGGACUGAGAGCUAAAGUCAGCGCUUUGAAAAGUCUGACCAUUGAUAUUGGUACAGAGGUCAAAUACCAGAAUAAAAUGUUGGAAGAUAUGGACUCGGACUUUGAUUCGACGGGCGGACUGCUGGGCGCCACCAUUGGCAGAGUAAAGCAGCUGUCCAGAGGCAGCCAGACCAAACUGCUCUGCUACAUGCUGCUCUUCUGCUUUUUUGUCUUCUUUGUCCUCUACUGGUUCAUCAAGCUGAGGUGAUAAGAGCGUCUUAUUGGACUUCAACUCUUCAUUCCCGGCCACUAGCAGCUCUGACCUAAACUUAUUUUGUAAUUGGUUAGUCAGACUUUUUUUUUUAAUGACUCAUCUUUUUGUUACACAAUUGACACAAAAUGAGUCAUGAAAGGGCUAGGAAUUAGAUUUUGAAAUACUUAAUCUUUAAGCACCUUGUGUACAAUUUGUAUACCCAAAGCAACGUCAGUAUUUGUGUUGCACCGCUACUUCAACAGUACGGAUUAAAAAAUAGGAUCAAUAGCCAAAGAUACGACAGCAGACGUGGGAAAUGAAACAAUUUAAUUAAACAUUAAAGUUAUUUGAGCUCUGGGAUAAAUUCAGUCUAGUGUACUUAUGUUGAGGGAGAUUUUCAUAUUGACGAGUUUUGUCAGCCAAAUGUAUGAUUUUUUUUUUGUAUUAAAAGCUGCUGAUAUCAGAGCUGAAACCACAACUUUAUACUACAGUCUUAAAUACAGUCAGAGUAAAGUUUCCAUAAAACACAAUUUCAACCACUUUUUUGUUCAUUUAAUUAUUGUGCCACAGAUUUACAAACAUAUCCAUUUGUUAUACAAAAUCAUUACAACUGUUCAGUCCCACAAGGAACUCGUCUAUAUUACAACAUCUGACAUUGUAAAUCACCACAGAGUACUUCAUUCUUUUGAGUAAAAAUGUAAAUAAACAGAUUUUAUGCUA